GGGAAGACAGAGCCAGUUUAGAGUGUAAUCUCUGUUCUGGCAUAUUCACUAGAGGUAUCCUCCGCAUCCUUCCAUGGCCCUGAAGAAGAAACUUAAUUUUUUAUGGACAUUAGUUCUGUAUUUGAUAGCCACUAGAUUGCCCAAGGCAUUCGCCAAUGAUCUUCCUCGGGUGCCAAGUAUCUUGGAUCCAAAAUUUAUAAAUGCAUUCCUCAACAUCCACAAUGAACUGCGACGCAAGGUCCAGCCCCCAGCAGCCGAUAUGAAUCAACUGAUUUGGGACGAGAAGCUGGCAAGACUAGCGAAAGCAUGGACUAGAGAGUGCAAACUUGCCCAUAAUCCCUGUACUUCAAAAAAAUAUGGAUGUCUUCUGGACUAUGACUUUAUUGGAGAAAAUAUAUAUUUGGGUGAAGUAGAAACGCAACCAGAAGAUGUUGUUAAUAAUUGGCAUAAUGAAAAUACAUAUUAUAAUUUUGUUGAUAAUACCUGUUCUAAAAUAUGUGUCAAUUAUACACAGGUAGUUUGGGCCAAAACAUUUAAAAUUGGUUGUGCAGUUUCAAAUUGUCCUAAUCUCAACAGAUAUUCAGCUGGGCUAUUUGUAUGUAAUUAUUCGCCAACAGGAAACUUCAUAGACUUCAGACCUUACAGGACAGGAGACCCCUGCUCUAUGUGCGGACAGAGGAAGUGUGAGAAUAGUCUCUGCCGUCCCAUGAAUCGGAAAACACCUCACCAGAAAGCAGCAUGCCAUGUACUUGUGCUUGGUUUUAUUCUUCAGAGACUACUUUAACUGUCAUUUCUAUUCAGAAGAAAAAUUUUAAAUGCUAAA